AAUGCUUUCAGUUCUCUAGCAGCAUCUUCAAAUCUAAGAUUUCCCUCCACAAAACUGGGAUCGGAACGUUUAGAAGCAAUUUUAAUUGCACCUGUUUAUCUGGAUCAUAGAAGGAUCAUGUGCUAUAAGUUCAUAGUUUAUAGACAAGUGGAGUCCGUUUACCACUUUGAGUAUUCCACAAUAUAUGUCAAGUUCAUGAAUCACAUGUUGGGGAGGAAGUAACCAUUAUUCUAUUUUCAAUGAAUAGCCAAAUGCAGCUUUUCAAACAGAAAUUGUUCAUCAUCUCUUGUGUUGUGGUGUUCUUUUUUUAGCUAUAGAGCAUCUGCUCGUGUUUCUUUUAUGCUAUGAUGUGCCUGUAUUAGUUUUCCAUUUCCUUCAAUUUUUCAUCAUGGGGAGAUCAUGUCUUCCCAAAUGCAGGCUUGCCAGAAUAAUGGGUUGGAUACAGAUGAUUUUGGGAGGGUUGGUCAUACUAGUAAGCAUUUUGAGUCUCACUAGAUUCUACUCUGCAGGGUUUUUCCUCCACAAUGAAGACAUAUGCCAGCAUUUCUACAAUGUGGGGGAAGUUUCUGAUGGCUUUGAUGUCAAAUCACUCUCUGGGAGAAUUGGAGAAGUGAUAGACAUGUUGGAAGCUUUGCAGGGAAAGCUUGAGUCAAAAGUGCAAGAUAUGGAGAAAAGCAAGAGUACCUUGUUGGAGAAGAAGUUUUUAGAGGAUGAAAUAGUUAGGCCUCUUCAUAUUGCCAAUGUUGCUCUGAGGAAAAUUCAGGUUCCAAAUGUUGAAGGUAUGAACUCCACAGUGAAGGAGGAUCCUUUGAUCAACUUUUUCAUCACUGAGGAGAUCAGAAAGUACAUAACCCCAAAGGAGAACAGAGUUGGUAAGAUGAACCUGUAUGGUACAGACAAGGUUUACAACACAAUUGGUCAUGCCUGUGUUUUGUACAAGGAAGAGCUAGAGAAGUACAUGGACUAUGACAUUGGCUCAUACUGUGAUGAUGAUUGGAAUUUGGCUCAGAAGCUUAUGCUUAAUGGGUGUGAUCCUUUGCCUAGAAGAAGGUGUUUGACAAGAGCCUCAAAGGAAUACCAAAGGCCAUACCCUAUUAAUGAGUCACUGUGGAGACUUCCAGAUGGAAGAAAUGUGAGGUGGGGGAAUUACCAAUGCAGAAAAUUUGAGUGUUUAUCUAGCAAGAACCCAAAAAGGGGUUACUCAAAAUGCAUUGGAUGCUUUGAAAUGGAGAAGGAAAAGCUGAAAUGGGUGGCUAAAAGUUCAGUUCUUGUAGACUUUUUUAUCAGUGAAGUUUUGGCAAUCAAGCCAGGAGAGGUUAGGAUUGGACUAGACUAUGGCAUUGGCACUGGCACAUUUGCAGCAAGAAUGAGAGAGCAAAAUGUGACAAUUGUCUCAACUGCACUCAACCUUGGAGCUCCUUUCAGUGAGAUGAUAGCUCUUAGGGGUUUGGUUCCUUUAUAUGUCACAUUGAACCAAAGGCUUCCAUUCUUUGAUAACACUAUGGACUUGGUGCACAGCCAUGGUUUUAUGGAUGGUUGGAUUGAUCUUUUGCUGUUGGACUUUAUAUUGUAUGAUUGGGACAGAAUUCUAAGACCAGGAGGUUUAUUGUGGAUAGACAGGUUCUUCUGCAACAGAAAGGAUUUGGAUAACUAUGUGUACAUGUUUCUUCAAUUAAGGUACAAGAAACACAAGUGGGUUGUAUCUCCAAAGUCAAAGGAUGAGAUAUAUCUCUCUGCAUUGCUGGAAAAACCUCCUAGAGCCAUAUGAACACAAUCAACUUUUUAUUCUAAUAUUUAUUUAUGUAGCUGUAUUAUCAGAUAUGUUUGAGUACUUAAGAGUUUUUAUUUCUUUUGGAUUUCCUUCCUGCUAACGAUGUUAC